UCCAUUUCGGAUCGUGAUCCGGUUGCGCCUCUAGUGAAAGGAGGUGUGGCUAUCAGUUUCUCCAGUGAAGGGAGGAGCUGCCACCGUACAAAAAUGCAGCAUUUCACCAGCCCUCGUGCAAUAAUCGGGUAAACCACAAUUUUUGUUAAAACACUAAUCUCGAACAUGCUCCCCUGUUAGCGUGGUCCAUGCAUUAUCGGAUCUUCUCGGCCUUGAGUGGGCGAGCAAACGCGAGGAGCACCAGUGUCGCCAAAUAUGAUGGCAUCUCUGUGGUAGGAUGAGAAGUCCAGUGCCGCGUUUCAGGGACGUUGAGAGGCAGGCCAGUGGCCUGCAGCCCACACAGUGUCUUCCUCCCUGUCAUGAGAGACAGAACAACAUGUGGUUCAUCAGAGAUGCCUGUGGCAUCGUUUGUGCGAUCAUCACCUGGCUUCUCGUCGUCUUUGCCGAGGUCGUCGUGCUGUUCGUCAUGCUGAUUCCAUCGAAGAGCCUCACCUACAGCCUGGUGAAUGGCACCCUCUUCAACAGCCUGGCCUUCCUCGCCCUGGCGUCUCAUUUCAGAGCCAUGUGCACCGACCCGGGAGCCGUGCCAAAGGGAAACGCCACUAAGGAGUACAUCGAGAGCCUGCACCUGAAGCCUGGCCAGGUGGUUUACAAAUGUCCCAAGUGCUGCAGUAUUAAGCCGGAUAGAGCUCACCACUGCAGUGUUUGUAAGCGCUGUAUACGGAAGAUGGAUCAUCAUUGUCCUUGGGCUGAUUGUGUUCCCUCUCCUCUCCUGACCCCAGAGUGCAGUACCUUCUCCCCUCCAGCCACUGUCAUCCUCCUCAUCCUCCUGUGCUUUGAGGGCCUCCUUUUCCUCAUCUUCACCUCUGUGAUGUUUGGCACCCAGGUCCAUUCCAUCUGCACAGAUGAGACGGGCAUUGAAAAGUUGAAGUGUGAAGACCCUACAUGGGAGAAGACUCCAUCCUGGGAAGCUAUGAAGUCAGCGUUCGGAGGGCCUCUUUCUAUGGCCUGGUUGAGCCCUUUCACAGAUCUCUCCUGCCAGAAAGAUACUUCGGAUCCUGUUCCCACGUUCCCACAGGGAGAGAUCAUUGAGGAGGAUGUGAUUGAGAUUCCUUUGGAACCUCAUUAGAUCAAAAUGUGUUUGUUGCUUAAACUCUGAGACUCAAAUGGCACAUUUCCUGCCUUGGACUCGCAAAGAGACUACUGUGGACAUUUGAAUAAUAAUAAUAAAAAAAAAAAACACAUUUAUAUACUGUACCAAAGUGCCUUAAAACAGUUUUUAAAACCAAAAAUACAUCUUGCUCUUCUAAAGAGAAACUUAUACUGUGCAUAGAGAGACUGAGCUCCUAACAGACUGACAUAACGUGUACUUCAUAAUGCCAGCUGUUUCUUGAGCAGGGAUGUCAUUUAGUUUGGUGUAUCUACAUGUUUGACCUGACCUAGAAUAUUAAAAAAUAUUAAGUGAC